AUGAGCGGCAGUAGAGGCAGCGGCAGCAGCACAUCGCAGCAACGACGAUCAUCAGUGCUUGGACCUGACCCGCGCGACUGCAUCGACUUGUACGACGAUGGCAUUGUGGAAGAAGAGGCCCGUGAGAGCCCGCUGCCCUAUGAUCAGCAGAAGCAGGCGACACAUGCCCUGGCCUACAACCUCGCUGCCCUCGUGAACGCCGGCACUGUAGACCGGUGCCUCAGCGACAGCCGCGGGCAAGUAGACCUGAUCGGCAACAAUGUUGCUGACCACGUCACGAAGAACGCAGUCGACACAUGCGACCGCAUUGGGUCGGCACGCAGCGCUGACCACAGCAACGACGCUGGCGACGACAACGCGAGCUACGAGUUUGAGCAGGAGUACUUCUACUGCCCUACCACCUCGCCUGAGACGGUGGACCCCGGUGCAAGUGGUGAAGGGGCCGCGAGUGUGCUGCGCAGGACAGAGACACCGAGGUGCGCCGUAUGUGACUCGUCCUCGUCCUCCUCCUCCACCCCACGGUGGGUGCUGUCUCUCGCCGAAGAAACCCCCUUCACUCCCUUCGUCCUCUCAGCCACUGGCGUGGCGACGGCGCCGACGCCGCUCCUUCACGUGAGUCCGGCAAUAAGGGCAACAACAACGGCGGUUGCUGCGGCAACGGAGGAGCAACUGAAACAAGGGCACCUCGGGACAAGCACCGGAGCGCAGCAGCAGAUAAGGAUACCAACACAGCGUCUAUCAGUCCACAAGCUGGUGGCAGCGGUACUCUCCUCUACCUCCUCUACGUGCACCGGAGAUGCAUCGGGCACAGCAUCACCAGUAUUAGCAGCGGCACCCACACCAAUGGCCAGCGCCGCAGACGAGGCGGAGGACAUAUCAGAAAGCCGGCCGGAGGAGCCCCUCCCUCGCCGACCACCUGGCUGCGACGAGGGGACGCUGGUGGAGCGAGAGCGGCUGCGCCAACGUAUACGAGACACACGCGCUAGGCUUACGCAUGUCGAUCAACUCAUAGCCCGCUUCGACAUCGUCUUGGCAGCACGUCAAGCGGAAUUGGAGAGGCUCCGUGAGAAGCAGGCGGUGAUAGCGCAACAAGCUGAGAGCUACAAGUCACGAGCGGCCACUACCACCAGAGAGGUGCGUCGUUUGCGCGAACGGCAGCACGGCCAGGACGAGGUGCGCCUGCUGUGCAACAUGAUGGCGGAUACAAAGAAUCGCCUGCACGUCGCGCAGAGCCAACUCUCGUCGCUCCGAAACCUGUGGAAGCAGCUACAGUUGCUGCACACCGCGGCAGCAGGGACGGCAGAGGGUGACGCGGAAGAAGGCGCUGACCAUGUACGGUGCGCAACAGCCAAUGGCGCUACAGGUGGCGGCAGCGCAGAGGGCCCACGAGAAAAGGAGAGCACAUCGUCAUCCCCAGCCAGCUCCGUCGCCUCCCUCGACACGUGCAAUGCCAUCAGCGACUUUCUCGAGGAACUGCUCGGCGAGGUCGAAGGUCUCGCGAAGGUGUGUAUUCAGCUGCCUUCCGCCCCACCAGCCGCGGCGUUGUCGAGCUGCAACAGCAUGCGCCGCAUAGCGAUCAAGCAUCUCAGUGGCGCUGCAGAUCAAGGGCUGCAGCGCGCCCAACCAUCACAGUCUCGACCCACCUACACCACGCUGAACCGCAGCCUCAACAACGGAAACAACGGCUUCUUCAGUUUCUUUGGCGGGGCCACGGAGGCACAUCUGGACUCGAAACCGCUCUCGACGUUCUUGGCCAAUCUAGACCGCCUCGCGCGAACGUCGUGGGAGCGGGAAGAGGAGCUGCAGCUACGCGCACGGGAGCUGGCAACCGAAGCGGAAGAGGAUUCCCUCAAAGCCCGUCUUGCCCUAGAGUACGGCGUCAAGCCGCAGCAGCCUCAGCUUCCGCAGCACCUGAGCGGCAGCAGUGGCGGCGCUGGCGAAAGAAUGGGCGCGCUGUUCCCCUUGUCGCCGGUUGCGCUGUCGUCGGAGAGGGAGGAGGAGCACCUCAGCAACGGAGGGGCGAACGGGACACCGGCCCUCACCUCUCCAAUCGGCCUGCUCACCCCGCCAAACGACGCCGUCGCGGCGUCCACGGACUGCGCCACGCGUCAGAUUUCCCUGUCCUCACCGGAGCACGGCCGGCGCAGCCGCGGCAGCAGCAUUGGCCCCCGCACGUCAAACGGCAUCGCCCCCCUCCCCUCCUCCGCCUCCUCUUCGCUUCUGCACCACCGCGUGACCCCAGCACCGUUUCUGCUGCCGACGCUGGUGUAUGCCUACCCCCGCGUGGCAGCUGUGAGCCAGCACCUUGACGCUGAGCAACAGCAGAUCCAAGCAGACUACGCCGCCGUCAUCGAGGCAGAGCGGCAGGGCAGGCGACAACUCACCAUGCAGCUGCGUGACACCUACCGGCAGCACGUAGCCCCGGUGUUGCGUCGCGCCAUCGAUGCCUUGCGGCGACAUCAGACGUCACUUGUGAGGCAGCUCGCCGAGCUCGGGGUCAAGGCUGUCACCAUUCAGUGGGAGGAGGAGGAGGAGUCGGAGGAGGUCAACGACGCGGCACUGCUGCGCGCGAUAGACAGUGCCACGGCGGCUGGCCAGAAGCCACUGCGGGGAAUUCAGCGGCGCCGCGCCACAAGUGGUCGCAGCCGCAGCCGUGCCAGUGUGAGAGUAUCAGCACGCGAGAAGGAGGAGGACAGCUACGGCAAUGCCCCAGACAGCCAGUGCACGUCGCUAGCGCGGUCGGAGUAUGGUGGACUGCAGAGUGGGGCAGCUGCGACACCGCCGCCAUGCCGUGUAUAUCGACGUACACUGAGAAUCACGUGCGCUGCAACGUGCAAGCGAGGCAGCAUAGGAAGAGAGGAUGCGGCGGCGAUGCCUGUGUCGUCGCCGCCGCUGUCGGGCCGACACCCUCACCAGACCACCAUGCGUCAACGCCCCAGUAGCACGAGGCCAAGCGCUGGUCACGGCUGCCUAAGCGCGCGGUCGGCGUGCAAGCGUCCCUCAUCGGCCUCCUGCCCUUCCGAGACGGCUGCAGAGCCGAACAUCACGACGCCCUUGGCCGACUCGCUGGCGGGAACCGCGUCCAAGGCGUGCGCCGCGCUGCAGCUCUGCACGCAUUCCCCCACCAAAGCCCUCUAUCCCGACCGCAGAAACGCCCACGCCGCGGCGGAAGAGACACAGGGCUGCGCCAGAGCUGCGGCGGUCAGCACCGCCGUCACACCCAUCGCCACGUUACCGUUCCGUCGCAGUGGCGGCACGCCCCGUGUCUCUGGCGCAACCGCCGAAUCGGCGAUGACGCGAGCUUCCACUGCAGUCGGCAGUCGGCGGAACAGCCGAGGCUGCGCCAGUGCAGUGAUGCCGCCAUCACCGCGUCAGAGCUGCGGGUGUGCCGCCUCACCGACCUUCUCGGCAGCGAGCCGGCAGCACCGUUGCAACGGCGGCCCCAGGCCUCGUGCUGUGUCGGCGCGAUUCGGUCGAUCCGCAGCGCCCUGCUCUUCCUCGCAGCGCCCUGUCGUCGAAGACGUCCGCGAGUUGGCGGCGGCGGCCGACAGUGCGUUUUCUGCCGCGACGCGCGUGACCAUGUCGACCUCAACGGCGGCCAAUGUCUGGAGCCCCUUCCAGCCCACGGGCCAAGCUCUCGCUGACGGUGCUGUUCGCGUGACUCUCACCUUCACAGGUGAAGAGGCGCGCCGCCGCCAAGCAGCCCAAGCGCGGCAGGAGGCGCAUCAGCGGAAGUUCUGGGGGCUUCGCGAGGAGCUUGCCCGCAUUGACGAAGACACCUUUCAGCUUCGCACUCGCUAUACGGAGUUGCAGAGCACUCAGCAGAGCAUCGAAGCGGAGCAUCGCACCAAACUCGCGGAGGCAGAAGCGAAGAUGAAGAAGUACCGCGCCUUCUACGAAUCACUCCGACGGGAAAACAAGGAGUGGCAGAGCAUCCGCGGCGAACUGGAGCGGGUGAUCCGCGGCGAAUAG